AUGAAGAUCUUCGCAUUGGGUGGGGAUAAGUCCAAAAAUAACCAGCGUGUCUCAUCGGGCUGGUUUUCGAAUUGGUCCAACUUUGUGGGCCAACGUCAAGGAUACGACUAUUUUUAUGUCUGUUUUACAGAGUUUCUCAUGGGAAAGUUGAAAAGCGUAGGGUGGUAUAGGAAUAUGACGUGAUGUUAAGUGUAUAGAUGGGUAUAUAAACGCUGUUAGCGUCGAAUUUUCAAGGGUUCAACCUUAUUUUAGUUAGUCUAGCAGUGGAUUUUGCUAAAACAAUGUUGGAGGUCUUAGUUGAGGUAUAAUGCGAUUGAAAGUGAAGUUGUAAGGUAGUCCAGGGAUCUGUCAGAAAAAUGAGGUCUAAAAUAUCUUUCAAUUUUGUGAGAUUCACGAUAUUAUUUUAGACCCACGAUGGUCGGGCGGACAUGACCAAUUUUGAGAUGGACCUGCUGGAUACAAGGGUGAACAACUUCCCAAUGGAAAAGGAGGAGUCUGAGGAGUGUUGCAAGAACUCAAUCAUCAAGCCAGCCUGUCUACCCAUCACGAUUCUCGCCAUCUUACUCUUGAUCACCUUUUUCAUGCCACUGUUCAAUGAGGAUGCGGAAAACACCAAGAAAUUUGAGAAGACUGGAAUUUGCACUGAUUUUUGCGCGUAAGUAAUUAUUUUGAAUUGGGUUUUUCGAAUUUUAGAUCGAGAAUUCACCUUAUUUUUGAGAUCCGAUGAAGUGUAAUAUAAGAAAUGCUAUGAGAUGCCUUUAAUUCUUUUUUUUCAGCGUGGAGAUUGUUGAAUCAAUGCCGACGAACCUCACUUUUCCUCAUGGACCCACAAACUACCCGACUCAUUCCGCUUUUCUUGAUCUUCUGAAGGAUGCCGAAAAAACUGUUCAGAUUGCUGCUUUGUAUUGGAAUCUUCGAGAUGAUGUCCAAAAAUGGCCGACUUCUAUUCAGGUAAGGUAUUGUUGUUUUUUCUUCGUAUUUAGGGGCCUUCCCACGAAGUGUUAUUGCCUUGGCACCUUAUGUUCAAAAUGACAUAAGGUGCCAUGUCGAAUAUGAAUGUGACCGGCGCAUUCUCGUAUAGUUCUCUCUGAAAAUUACUUUUUCAGGGUGAGAAUGUCUACAAGGGUCUGAUAGAGACCGCCAAACGAGGUGUGAAGAUUCAGAUUGUCCAAAAUUCCCCUUCUCCUCAGUUUCCCCAAAGCGAUUCCGAAGAUUUGGAGAAACUUGGCCUUGCCGAAGUCAAAUCUCUCAAUUUCACUCAUCUUUUUGGACAUGGUGUCCUUCAUACCAAGUUUUGGAUUGUGGAUGAGACCAAUGUUUACAUCGGUUCGGCCAAUAUGGAUUGGAAAUCAUUGACGGAGGUCAAAGAGUUGGGAGUUUUGAUCCGAAAUUGUUCCUGCAUUGCGAAUGACCUCCAGAAGAUCUUCACAAUUUAUUGGCGGAUCGCGGAGGGCGGUAGCAAAAUUCCUGGCAGAUGGCCGUUGAAUUUGAGGACUCAGUUUAAUCAUCAUCAUCCACUUGAGAUCAAUAUGAAUGGACAUUGGCAGAAGACCUUUAUCUCGGUGAGUGUGAUUUUUUAUUUUUAUUAUUUCGAUCUUUAGGUUCUAUUAAUGGGAUUGGAAGGUAUUUCACCCAUUUUUUUUUAUUUCAGAGCUCUCCAAUUGAGUUCAACCCAAAAGGACGUGAACAUGAUCUGGAUGCCAUCGUUUCGGUUAUGGAAUCCGCUGAAGAGUAUGUCAAAGUGGCCGUUAUGGACUUAAUCCCCACCACUCUUUACAUGGGCAAGGACAUGGACUAGUGAGUUUGUCAUUAAUAUUUGAUUUUUCAGUUUAUUUGUUAGAUAUCUACCUAGUCUACUAUAAUAUCCAAAUUUCAGCUACUGGCCUUUUCUGGAUAGUGCAAUCAGAGCUGCUGCGUAUCGAGGAGUCACUGUGAACUUGUUGGUCAGCCAAUGGGAUCAUAGUCGUCCUGAAAUGUUGGGUUAUUUGAGGUCAAUGAGAGACAUCAAUGCGGUCCUGCCGAAGAGAAGGGGAAAACAAGGAAAGAUUAAUGUGGUGAGUAGGGGAGAGAUGAAGUUGAUGAGAGCUGGACGAUUGGGGAAACCUAUUAUUUUUCUUCGAUGCAAGUGUCGAAAUUAGGAUAAUCGAGGGUGCUGAUUUCGAAAAUGACAUUCAUUUUUUUUUUGACAGUAACUUUUUUCUUUAAGCACUACUUUAAAGUAGAAAUUUUUUGAAUUUUGUUCCAUGAAUACUCGAUUUGGGGGCUUCGAGGAUGUUGAUGUCGAAAAUCAUGUCUACUUUUCCACUAGUACUAUAUAGUACUGUCUGAUACUAUGUUGUACUAGGUGAAAAUAUGGAUUUUGACGUUGAUGUCGAAAAUCUUAUUCAUUUUUUCUGAUUUGAAAGCAGCACCAUCGAAAACCCCCAAAUCGAGUAUUCAUGAAAAAAAUACUACUUUAAAGUACUGCUUAAAGAAAAAAGUUACUGUCAAAAAAAAUGAAUGUAAUUUUCGAAAUCAGCACCCUCGAUUAUCCUAACUUCACACUUGCGUCCAAGAAAAAUAAUACUUUUUGGUUUCCCCAAUGGUCCCUGUCCCAAUUUGACGUGCCGGACAGUAUAAAAAAAAUUUUUUUUUCUUGAACUUUUUAUGUAAAAUUUUCUUCAGAAGCUGUUCACUGUCCCCAGAGACGAACCGUACCAAAAACAGUUGCCCUUUGCCCGUGUGAACCACAACAAAUACAUGGUGACGGACAAUUCGGCUUAUGUGGGAACCUCGAAUUGGGCCGGCGAUUACUUCAUCAACACGGCCGGAGUGGGAAUCAUCAUCAAAAAGGAGAAAUCCGACACCUUGGUUCAACAAUUCAACGCCGUUUUUGACCGCGAUUGGAACUCCAAGUACGCAAGGGACCUUCCAUAA